AUGAAGCAACAUACAUUAGUUCACACAGAAGAGCGACCUCAUAAGUGUACUACAUGUGGAAAAUCCUUCAAAAGUAUGGAAAUUAUGAAGAGUCAUACAUUUGUUCACACCAGAGAACGACAUCAUAAGUGCAAUACAUGUGGAAAAUCCUUCAAAACUAUAGACGGUAUGAGAAAACAUACAUUAGUUCACAUAGAAGAGCGAGCUUAUACGUGCACUAUAUGUGGAAAAUCAUUCAAAUCCAAGGGAGGUAUGAAGCAACAUACAUUAGUUCACAUAGAAGAGCGAGCUUAUACGUGCACUAUAUGUGGAACAUCAUUCAAAUCCAAGGGAGGUAUGAAGCAACAUGUAUUUGUUCACAAAGAUGAGCGACCUCAUAAGUGCACUAUAUGUGGAAAAUCCUUCAAAACUAAGGCAGAUAUGAAGCAACAUCUAUUAGUUCACACAGAAGAACGACCUCAUAAUUGCACUAUAUGUGGAGAAUCCUUCAAAACUAAGAAACGUAUGAAGAGUCAUACAUUAGAUCACACUGGAGAGUGA